AUAAAACCUGCAGUCAGAUCAAACUACUUAAUCUCACCAGUGGUUAUUACGUCAUCGACCCUGACGGAGAGGGCGGAGUCAAACCUUUCAAAGUCUACUGUAAUAUGACUGACAAGGACGGUGUUGGAGUGACAGUUGUCAGUCAUGACAGUGAAAGCAAAACACUGGUGGAUGGAUUUCCAGGCCGUGGCAGUUAUUCGCGCAAUGUCACUUACAAUGAAACCAGUCUCCUUCAGCUAGCAAGUCUAACAGCUUCAUCCACUCACUGUGAGCAGUUUAUAAAGUACGAUUGCUAUUACUCAAGACUCCUAAGAAAGGAUAAAAUGUAUGGCUGGUGGGUAUCCCGCGAUGGAGAGAAGAUGAAGUACUGGGGAGGAGUGGAUUCUGCCAUGGACAACAAAUGCGCAUGCGACUUGAACAAAACAUGUGCAGACCCUAAGUACGGAUGCAACUGCGACAAACUGGAUAGGACUUGGCGAGAAGACAGCGGUCUACUCACAAACAAGUACAAGCUUCCCGUGAAGCAGCUGCGGUUUGGAGAUACCGGCAAUACAAAUGAUGAUAUGGGAUACCACACACUUGGAAAGCUGAAGUGUUUUGGACUCAUUUAGAAUAAAUUUCAUAAAAGUAAAUUAUAAAUGUAUACCCUGUAUUUAUAAAUUAAAAGGCUGUCCGCUGCUUUUUGCUGAGGAAAUCGAUAAAUUUAUAUUAUAUGAAAACCACCAUAACUUUGACAAAUGUCGCACGCGUAAUAGGAUGUUAUACAUUACAAUAGGUACUGAAGGCGCGUUUUUAGAGGUAAGAAUAAAGGUAGAUGAAAAAGGAAACCGAGAAGAAGAGGGAACGCGAAAUGCCCAGCUCAUGACUUCAACUUAGGAGUUUUUUACGUUUUCCAUCAUAAGCUCGCAAUUUGCCCGUCGAGCAAAUUGAUUGUAAUUGAGAUCUGUUUUGUCUUUUUUCCCUUAUGAUUAAACUGAUGCAAAUAAAAGAAAAAAGGACAAGAGGUACGUACACAAUCUGGCUUAGUUUACCCGUGGUUAAUUUAUAUAAAGUUCUAAAACGAAAGUUUUUAAUACUGUUAAAAGCGUGCGUAAUGCAUUCAAUCAUUAAUGAGGGUGUCGCUUUUGUGUUGUUGCUUUUUCUCGUCGUCUAUUAGUGUUUUUUCACCGAUUAGUUUGCCUCUGUUGUUUUUCCUAUCACAUACUUUCGUUCACUAUUGUUUCUUUCGUAAUUAUUGGCGUGAAUUGCACUUUCAGUUAGUCGUUUUCGCAAGCAUUAAUUUUAGUUUUUCGUGCAUAUAUAAGCUUAGUUUUCUCUGUUUAGGGCCCUUCUUUUUUCGGUCGUCGCGCUAGUCGCAAUUCGCUUUCAAGCGGUUCCUUUGUUCUUCAUUUCGUCUUCGGAAAGUGUUAUUUCGUCGAGCGCAGUUUUGCAGUAAUCGUAACAAUGUAAUUACUGUCGUUUCAAGGUGGCUCAGUGUAUUUCUUUCCUAUCACCUUUACUUAAUCAAUUGUUGUAUUUUUGUAUUUAUUUAUUACUUUUAAGUUUCAACCCACAUCGUUCACCGUCAAUAAAUCGCCCUUUUUAUCAAUAAUUGUGGUGUUGAGAAGUUACGAUUGCCACAGUCAUAAACUGUGAAAAUUAAAGAGAUAAAUGAUAAGUAAUAAUUAAAGGAAAAGGCCUCACCUUCACCUAUCAAUCGGGCAACAGGCUCCUAAUUAAGUUUAGCAAUAGACCACGAUUAUGCAAAAAUCUCCGUUUCCUAUGAGAGUCUCCUAACCGAUGCUCUGUGGUGGGCAAGGCCCAUUACGAAGUUCGUAUUAGGAUCGGAAAUGUCGAUAGCGUCAUAUUUUGUUGAGUCUCAGCGGUUCAGUGGUGGAGCAUCGGGGCUAGGGUCUGCGCUUCGAUUCCUCGUGGGGAGUCACGCUCGUGACAAGACGAAAAUAUCUUCCUCAAUUUCUUUACCAAGUUCAAAACUUACUGGCCGUCUUUCUU